GGAUCAAACAUCUGUUGUGCUCUUAGUGAAAAUGGAUCCAAAAUAUUUUGUGUACAUUAUUCUUCUGCUACACAGCGCUUUCAACCCCAUCAAAGCGGACACGGAAACAUACAGAAUGACGGAUCACGUUUUUACCUGUAGCAAAUGGCUUUCCUCAGUUAUUGAAAACCUUUGCAAUAAUGUCUACAGAAUUGUAAAGAGAGACACUUCGUUAUUGAUGGAAAAACUCACACCUCGUGAUAUUCAGAAGAGUGUGAAUAGACGUCGGUUUCUGGCUGAAGAGAAAUGGCGUCGCUUGCGCAGGCAAGUCGCGACUGAGUGCUGUGUGGAAGCAUGUACAAUCGGCAAUAUCAUUUUGUACUGCCCCGAGAACUCCAAAGUGAUUAAAGAAAACCCCCAUAUCUUUGGUUAAUAAGAGUAAACCAUAUUACUUUAUGCCUACAGAAUCACUUUAGCAAAGGCCUACCAUGAAUUGAUAGAAAGGACUUUUUUCAGUUGGACAUGAACUUUUUAUAAAUGCGGGAUUAAGUCAAUAAAAUUAACGAGCAAAUAAAGUGAUAUAAUGUAAAUUGAGGAAAUAGAUAAAUACGGUUGGAUUUGUGUUGUAGGCACGUCAAGAGUAGAUUAAACAAUCACAUUUCAUAGAUUUGGCAUAUGUAUGAAAUAUGAGUUUGGUGGUAUGGCAGUGAGUUUCGUAGCCGCGACACUGGUAUGAAGACGAAAGAUUUAUCCAACAGUAUUCAUCUAGUUCGUGGUUUAAUUAAUAUUUGGAUAUAUUUAGA